UCGGCGCUCCGGGGCCGCCUCCGCGCGGCCUCGGGGGUCUCUGCACUGCCGCCCCCUGGGACUCCCUCGCCACCCGCUCCGUGUGAUGCUCCCCAAGCCCACCUGGCCUCGUUUCUGGAGCCAAAACCCACUUGUCCCCAUGCCAGAGCUGUCCCUUCAUGGUUCCCGAGGAUUUGCCGAGCGGCUGCUUCUGUUGUGCGGGAAACAAAGACCCAAGAUCCAGUGCUUGCUUUUUGCUUGGGGAGGGACUGGGUAGUUGUGGAGUCCGAGGGGGCGGGCGGACCUAGAGGGCCUCGGAAAGGACCGCGGCGGGACGGAGGGAGAUCAGCUGCGACCCGCUGGACAGAGGCGUGUGUGGCCUCCCGCAGGAUGGUGACUUGCCUGUAGAUACUCGCCAGCCCCAGGAGGAAACUUCUUACAGAGACUCAUCUGCAAGGACACGGGAAGCUAGGUGUAAACUCUGGAACCCAGACCCUUAAGUGGAGGGGAGCGGCCUUCUACUGUGGAUGAUGGCCAAACCCACCCUGAAAGGGAAUGGCGCUAAUUCCGAGACCUUCCGACAGCGCUUCAGGAGAUUUCAUUACCAAGAGGGAGCUGGACCCCGAGAGGCCUUCAGCCAACUGUGGGAACUUUGCUGUCGGUGGUUAAGGCCCGAAGUGCGCACCAAGGAGCAGAUUGUAGAAGUGUUGGUGCUAGAGCAGUUCCUGACCAUCUUACCUUGCGAGAUCAAGAACUGGGUACAGGAGCAAUGUCCAGAAAGUGGAGAGGAGGCAGUGGCUCUGGUGGAAGAUUUAGAAAGAGAACCUGGAAGACCUGAACGUUCGGUUACAGUCUCUGUGAAGGGGCAGGAAGUGCGCUUGGAGAAGAUGACACCCCUGAAAUCAUCACGAGAGUUAUUAAGUGUUCGGCAGGAGUCAGUGGAACCCCAGCGCAGGGUUCCACCCAAGAAAGAGAGGGCAAGAAGCCCAGACCUGGGACCACAGGAGCAGAUGAACCCAAAGGAGAAGCUCAGACCUUUUCAAAGGAGCGGAUUUCCAUAUCCUAAAUCCGGUGUGGUCUCCAGGUUGGAGCAAGGACAGCCAUGGAUUCCAGAUCUGGGCUCCAAGGAGAAGGAACUCCCAAGCAGCAGUCACAUAGGAGAUAAACGAAUGCAUGGUGAUCUAUUAUCUAGGAGAGAGAGAAGAAGCUGGGUGGAACAGGAGCAAUGGGGCUUUGAGGAUGAGAAGGUGGCAGGUGUGCACUGGGGCUAUGAAGAGACUAGAACUCUCCUUGCAAUUCUCAGUCAGACUGAGUUUUAUGAGGCGCUCCGAAACUGUCAUAGAAACAGCCAAGUGUAUGGGGCUGUGGCUGAGCGGCUCCGGGAAUAUGGCUUUCUCCGGACCCUGGAACAGUGUCGGACCAAGUUCAAAGGUCUCCAGAAGAGCUAUCGAAAAGUCAAGAGUGGACACCCACCUGAGACCUGCCCCUUCUUUGAAGAGAUGGAAGCUCUGAUGAGUGCUCAGGUCAUUGCCCUGCCCAGUAAUGGCCUGGAAGAGGGAGCCUCUCACUCUGGCCUGGUGGGCAGAGAUGCUGAGUCUGAGGAGCCAGGGCGAGGGGGCUGGGAGCAUGAGGAGGGAACAGAAGAGGCUGUAGCUGAGGGGUCUGACAGUGAUGAAAUGGACCAGGAGGCCACCCCCCGAGACCCCGAUAAAUCAACUGCACCUGUCCUUUUCCGAAGCCCAAGUGGUGUACACUGGGGCUAUGAGGAGACCAAGACUUACCUUGCAAUUCUUAGUGAGACUCAGUUUUAUGAAGCCCUCCGGAACUGUCACCGCAACAGCCAGCUAUAUGGAGCAGUGGCUGAGCGGUUAUGGGAAUAUGGCUUCCUUAGGACACCAGAGCAGUGUCGGACCAAGUUUAAAAGCCUACAGACUAGUUAUCGGAAAGUCAAGAAUGGCCAAGCACCAGAAACCUGUCCCUUCUUUGAAGAGAUGGAUGCUUUGGUGAGUGCCCGGGCAGCUGCCCCGCCAAAUGAUGGUCAGCAAGAGAAAGUUUCUUGCCCCAUUCAAACCAGUGAGGCUGAAGCUGAGAUGCAAGCAGAGGAGGCAGAGGAAGCCACAGAAGAGUCUGAUGAUGAAGAAGAGGAUACUGAGGUACCCCCAGGGACUGUCAUGACCCGGGCUCCAGUCUUAUUCCAGAGCCCCCGUGGUUUUGAGGCUGGAUUUGAGAAUGAAAAGAAUCUAAAACGGGAUAUUUCUGAAGAAGUACAGCUGCAUAGGACAUUACUUGCAAGGUCUGAAAGGAAAAUUCCCCGCCAUUUUAAUCAGGGUAAAGGCAGUGAGAGUGAAUGUAGAUCAGGAAGACAGUGGGAAAAGACCCCAGGAGAAAGAAGAGGAAAACCAACACUCCCAGAGAGGAGUUUAGGUAAAGUUCUAAAUCAUCAGAGACCCUAUUUAGGAGAGAGACCCUAUAAAUAUCUCAGAUACGGCAAAAGCUUUGGUCCAAACUCCCACCUCAUGCAUCAGAUAUCCCAUCAAGUGGAAAAUCCAUAUAAAUGUGCUGACUGUGGGAAAAGCUUCAGUCGGAGUGCACGUCUCAUUAGACAUCGGAGAAUACACACUGGAGAGAAACCUUAUAAGUGUCUUGACUGUGGAAAAAGUUUCCGUGACAGCUCAAAUUUCAUUACCCACAGGAGGAUCCAUACAGGAGAGAAACCUUAUCAGUGUGGUGAGUGUGGAAAACGCUUCAAUCAGAGCUCAAGUCUUAUAAUUCACCAGAGAACCCACACAGGAGAAAAGCCCUAUCAGUGUGAAGAGUGUGGAAAAAGCUUCAAUAACAGUUCUCAUUUUAGUGCACAUCGGAGGAUACACACAGGAGAGAGACCCCAUGUGUGUCCUGACUGUGGAAAGAGUUUCAGUAAGAGUUCUGACUUACGUGCACAUCACAGAACCCACACAGGAGAGAAACCUUAUAGGUGUCAUGACUGUGGCAAGUGCUUCAGUAAAAGUUCUGUUCUUAAUAAGCACCGAGAAAUCCAUACACGAGAGAAGCUUCUGUCACAGUCGGCACCUUAAUAAGCCCCUGAGGCUCUAAAAGAAAGAGCCUCAAUAAAUGUGUUGUUUGGAAAGUCUUCCAAUAGUGAGAUCCAGCUCCUAUUCUAUGUUCGAUUAGCUUAGGAAAUACUCUUUAGGGUUUACCUCACUGGCUGUGCCUGUUUCUCCUGGAUCUCCCAUGGCAGUCAUUUUAAGAAUGAAGGGAUGAUUUCAGUCCCUCUCCUUGCCGGCAUAUGAAUUGACAAAUAACACUUUUUCCUCUCAGCACCUAUGUUGAUCCCUUAAUCCAGGAGAGAGGACAGAGUAGUAGAUUCAAUGAGUUUAAUGUAAUAGCCUUCCUUACUUAUCCUGUUACUCAAUUACAUUUUGACUUGAAAACCCCAUCACAGCAGCAUUUCAGGGAGAAGUGAGACUUUUCUCACUGAGUGGGCUUAGCUCUUUAUAUAAUACGGAAAUACAAAAAAGAAUGACUCUUCCUGUUCAUUUAAGCCUCUACUCAGAAUAACAUUUGUCAAAUACUCUCUUCAUGUACUAUAGGAGAGUUUAUGUUGAUCUUGGUUCUGACCUAUGAAUUAUCUUGUCAAGAACCUAGGUGUUCUAUGUAGGGAAACAAUGUAUACCUUAUAUACAUACUGAGGUGUAAACCCUGGAUUUCUUUAUUUUUUUCCAAGCCCUAAAAGAUUGGGAAUAGAGCAAUAGUACAUUUAUAGCAUUUAGUUUUGAUUUUUUUCCCCAUCCCAUCUGAAGUUUAUCUGUCCCUUGUGAUCUAGAAGCCUAGAGAAUAAGCUAGCUGGACUUGGUGAUAGGGAAAGCAGUUAAAGCUGCUAGUAGGGAAUCCACACACUCCAAACACCUGGUCUAUUAUGAUGCACCCCAUAGGCACUCAGUAAUAACCCACAAUGAGCAGAAGCCACUUUCAUAUUCCCAUUGAUUGGGAAAACAACACUUUGUGCCAACAACUCUUUACCCUAAAGACAAGGACAGAUUAUCUAGUCGGUAGAACUGCCAGUACUCACAAAUGUACAUGCACAUAUUCAACUAUAAAAUCUAUUUUACAAGCUACCCUUCAAACACAAAUUUAAUUCUGAACUUUAUAAUCAGAUAGUACUUAAUUAUUGUCUUUAUAUUCACAUGAGUAUGAUAAGUCCUGUAGAGCACAAGUUAAAAAAACCUCAUUCUUGUCCUUAACAAUCUCAAAUGGAAGAAACUGACAUGGACAAACAGUAGGUGCUCAUGUAUAGUCACAACAGUUUCAGAGAAAUCUACAAAGCUAGGUAGUAACACUGCAUAAAUGUUAAGGUAUAAUGCCAUAGAGUUUAAUGUAAGAAAAAUCUGGGAGUUAUUUUCUUCUCUUGAUUUAGGAAGGGUUCAUGUAGCAGGAAGUGUUUAGCAGGCUGUUACUGGGUAACGGGGCAUAAGCUUUCCAAAACUGAAUGCAGAAUGGGUGAGAAAUGAAAAAAAUUGUGGCGCAAGGUGUUUUGUGUAGAUGGAGAAGAGGGCAAAGGAUGGACUGGAAGGAAGGUAAGACAAAGCUUGCAGCAUCAUAAAACUGAAAGAAUAGUGUGAUAUGGGCUGUGCAGAAGGGAGUGAGAAAAAUUACCUUAGCUGAAACAUGGAGUGCCGGGGCAGAUCAGGAGGUUGUGCUCCCAUCAUAUACAGUAAAUUGACAUUGUGCUAUACUUGAUAAAGAAACAUCUGGCUGGCACUUAGGAAGACGAAUGAGCAGUUUUAGGGGACUAACUCCUAUGAGAGCCAAAGGUCAGAAACUAGUAUCUUGUAAAGGUACUUUGACGGCAGGUCAGAGGAAAGGUGAACCGUGAGCAGAAAGCCAAGUCCUGGGAUAUGUGGCUGUUCAUAUUCUUAUUUAGAAUUGUGUGACUGGCAUGAGACCUGGGAGAGAAGUGGGAAGAUAGAAUAUUCUAUAAUUCAUAGCAUACUGUGUUAAAUAAAAUAUUACGGUUGUGGUGUUGAGGGAUCCUACCUAGUACAAAGAAUCUCCUUACAUGUAGUAGGAAUUAAGGGGGAAAUGGUAUUUCAAUUAUAUUGACUAAGCAGACAGAAUAAGAAAUACCAGUCUAAAGCAAUGUCUCAGAAUCUGAGAUGGUUUAGGAAGUGUGCUAUAAUUUAAAAAAAAAAAAUAGAUGACUAUCUUCAGUAUAUCUAUGUAGUCUUGGAGAAAGCAUUGGUUAGGUUAUCAACACCAUGCAUACUGAUUUCCAGAUGUCUUGUGUAUAAGUCAACCUGCUUCCAUUUCCCUUUCUGUAAAGCAGAUUUAUGUUUACACCUUAAUCUGCCUCUCAGGGAUACCAUUUAAUAAAAAUUAUGUCUAUAAAGAGUCCAUUGUUUCUAGUUUUUUUUUUAAUAUGUAUGU